GUCGAAUGCGAAGUGCAGUGGCUCCUGCUCCUGCUCCUGCUAACGUCAAACGGACUUGGAAGAACGGUGCGCGGUUCUUGCUCCUCUCCAGUUUGGGGGAUUUGUGGCUGCUUGGCUUUCUUGCUGCGGAAAAGCAGAGCGGAACAGCAACAACAGCAACAGAAAUACUAAAGCAAUAAUUUGUUUGGAGAAUUCGUUCCGACGGCUGGCCAAAAAUGUGGCAUACAACUGAAGUGUGGCCCGAAGAAACUAUGCAAAUAAAUUAAUAUGCCGAAAUCAUUAACAAAUUAAAACGAAACACGCAAAAGCAAGAGCAAAAUAUACACGAGAAUAAAAGGGAAACGAAACCCGAGAGUCAAGUGCUUCGAGGAGAGCUGUUUGCUGGCAUGCUUUGAGGUUAAUUCCACCCAAAAAUCAGCCCCCCGCCGCCACCUGCCGCCUGCCGCCUGCCACCUCCAACCACCCAACCCUCUGGGUUCCCGGGUCCCCUGGCCUCUCGUCUCCGCCGUGUCUCGUCUCCCAGGUCCGGCUUUCGCCCACUUUCGUCUUCUUCGCUGCCGUCACCAGCUCCGCGUCAAAGGCAUCAAAGAAAUGGUUGCCUCAUUAGCGACUUAGCGGAACGCGCCAUAAAGGAAACCGUAACCAAAAACCACCAAAAAAAAUACAAAAUAAAGAGGAUACGCCGAAAGGGAUUGACAGCCGCAACAACAUCGUCUGCGCCCGUACCAGGAAAGAGAAGAAGGAGAACCCAUAAAAAAAGGGACAAAGAAAUUGAAUACUCACCGGGUUUUGUGUGGCCUUGCCAGCGAAUUUAAGCACCAUGGGUUCGUUAUGUGCCAUCUAAAAACCUCUAACAGAGCACCUCAAAUGCGAAUUGAUAUUAAACCGUAAAUCAUAAUUAACAAGAGUUAAUUAAGCAACAACUGCAAAACCAAACCAAUACCACGAACAAGUCAGAGCUGAAGUGGAAGUGGAAGAGGAAGUAGAAGUAGAAGUACAGCAAGAACAACCAUGGCCUCACCACCAGAAAGCCCUAUCGAGGAGGUGGUCUAUGAGUUGGAACAAACACGAGUGCCUAAGCCCAUACCCGUUGCCCUCGAGGAUCUGUGCCGCCAAACGAAGUUCACCAAACAGGAAAUCCGCGUCAUGUACAGGGGAUUCAAAACAGAAUGCCCCGAGGGCGUGGUGCACGAGGAUUGUUUUAAGGAUAUUUACGCCAAAUUCUUUCCACAUGGCAAUUCGAGUUUAUACGCUCAUUAUGUGUUCAAGGCGUUCGAUGUUAAUUGCAAUGGCGCCAUUAGUUUUCGGGAUUUACUGGUCACCUUGUCGACCCUGCUGCGCGGCUCUGUCUACGAGCGCCUCCGCUGGACAUUCAAGCUCUACGACCUGAAUGGCGAUGGCCGGAUCAGUCGCGGCGAGCUGAGCGAAAUCAUCUUGGCCAUUCACGAGCUUAUGGGCAGGAGACCACACCAGCCUGAGGACGAUCGCAAAGCGAGGGAUCAGGUGGAUCGUGUGUUUCGUAAGCUGGACUUGAAUCAGGACGGCAUCAUAACGAUAGAGGAGUUCUUGGAGGCCUGUCUGAAGGACGAUUUGGUGACGCGCUCACUGCAGAUGUUCGACAACGACCUUUGAUGACAAGAGGACGGGCCAGUGUUGUUGACCACCUCGAAGACUAUAGUAUCGCUUAUAGAUCUAUAAAUGCAAUAAACCAAAGCAAAGAAAAAUCGGGGACGGAAUCCUCCAAAAAAAAACAUCUACUACCUAUGACAAAAACACCAGUGAAAUUGAUGGCAAAAGAGGAAAUGAAACAUAUUAAUAAUUAACAUUAGUUUAGGCCAAAUAUCGAAAGAAGAAAAACUUUAAACUUUAUGAGUGUGUUAUUGUAUAACUAGAAAUGGAUAAAAAUGAAAUACUUAUGAUGAUAAUGAUGAAGCAGAAU